GUGACGUACAUGGGCCGCCGGAGGUGUCGUUGGUGCGUUGCGCGACUGGGCCUGAGCGUGGAGUGGGGCCUGCGCCCGGAAAGACAACGCUAUGUCGAUCGAAAUCGAGUCCUCAGAUGUGAUCCGGCUCAUUAUGCAGUACCUCAAGGAGAACAGUCUACAUCGGGCGCUAGCCACCUUGCAGGAAGAGACGACUGUGUCUCUGAAUACAGUGGACAGCAUUGAGAGUUUUGUGGCUGACAUUAAUAGUGGCCAUUGGGAUACUGUUUUACAGGCUAUACAGUCUCUGAAAUUGCCAGACAAAACCCUCAUUGACCUCUAUGAACAGGUUGUUUUGGAAUUGAUAGAGCUCCGAGAAUUGGGUGCCGCCAGAUCUCUUCUGAGACAGACUGACCCCAUGAUCAUGUUAAAACAAACACAGCCAGAGCGGUAUAUUCAUCUGGAAAACCUCUUAGCCAGGUCUUAUUUCGAUCCUCGAGAGGCAUACCCCGAUGGCAGUAGCAAAGAGAAGAGAAGAGCAGCCAUUGCCCAGGCCUUAGCUGGGGAAGUCAGCGUGGUGCCUCCAUCUCGUCUCAUGGCUUUGCUGGGUCAGGCAUUGAAGUGGCAGCAGCACCAAGGAUUGCUUCCUCCUGGCAUGACCAUAGAUCUGUUCAGAGGCAAAGCAGCUGUCAAAGAUGUUGAAGAAGAAAAGUUUCCUACACAGCUGAGCAGGCAUAUUAAGUUUGGUCAGAAAUCACAUGUGGAGUGUGCUCGAUUUUCUCCAGAUGGUCAAUAUCUGGUUACUGGGUCUGUUGAUGGAUUCAUUGAAGUAUGGAACUUUACAACUGGAAAAAUCAGAAAGGAUCUUAAGUACCAGGCGCAGGAUAACUUUAUGAUGAUGGAUGAUGCUGUUCUCUGUAUGUGCUUCAGCAGAGAUACAGAAAUGUUAGCAACUGGUGCCCAAGAUGGAAAAAUCAAGGUAUGGAAGAUUCAGAGUGGGCAGUGUUUAAGGAGAUUUGAAAGGGCUCACAGCAAAGGUGUCACCUGUCUAAGCUUCUCGAAGGACAGCAGUCAGAUCCUUAGUGCCUCUUUUGACCAGACAAUUAGAAUUCAUGGUUUAAAAUCUGGAAAAACCCUGAAGGAAUUCCGUGGCCACUCCUCCUUUGUCAAUGAAGCGACCUUCACACAGGACGGACAUUAUAUUAUCAGUGCAUCCUCUGAUGGCACUGUAAAGGUUAAGUAUUUGCUACUGAUGUAUUUUGGGUUAUCUAUUACAUUUUUUCUAUUUUGCCCUUUGAGGAGUUUUCACUGGGAUAUUGGGUGCCUUUUGGCAUUGGCAAGUCGAUAUAAACCCGACAAAGCUCCCCAUUUUGGAGCAGCCUUCAGUCAUUACGAGAUUGUCAGAAGCUUCAGCUCCGGUAAGAGAGAAGGUGGUGACUUUGUGUGCUGUGCCCUCUCCCCCCGUGGCGAAUGGAUCUACUGUGUAGGGGAGGACUUUGUGCUCUACUGCUUCAGCACCGUCACUGGCAAGCUGGAGAGAACGCUGACAGUUCACGAGAAGGAUGUGAUUGGUAUUGCACAUCACCCUCAUCAGAACCUGAUUGCUACUUACAGUGAAGACGGAUUGCUAAAGCUUUGGAAACCCUAAUUCAGCUUUUCUUUUUAAACUAGUUUGAGAGCAUGUACUUAAAAUGAAGACAUACUCACGUGUUGCUUUUUUUUUUUUAAGGCCAGCUUUUCUAAACAGAUUGUCUGAAUUAGGCACAAGAAUAAUUUUGUGAAAAUUCAUGUUUAAGUAGCAGUUACCUUUUUUUAUAUAUUUUCAAGGUAUUCACUCUAACUGGGGCAGUCACUUAAUGCUGUCAAUCUUUUAUGCGGAGAGCAUAUCCUUUGAUUAUUCAAAACGCUUUGAUUGAAAUGGGCUUCUCGCAGUAAAACUUGUAAAUAAGGAACUAUCCCAAAUUCACUAGCUGUCUUAUUGUCCCACCUUUUUUUUUUUUAAGAUGUUAAUAAACUUUACACCUUUCUGGAGGCUUUGUUUUUAAAUGUAAAGAAAUGCCCGGUACAUGAAAAGGGUGGGACACUACACUAUUAUCCCUGAAGUCGGUUUCCCACAGGAUGUCAUUUCACUGCCCUCCCCAGGGCAUUCAUUUUUUCUUAACUAAUUGCAGGAUCCACUAUGAGAAUUCAGUUGUCAUAUCGCCUUUGUAUGCAGAGGAGGGUUUUUGCAUUGAAAAUGUGCUGCUGUUAAUGAAAAAAAAAUUAGAAAAGAGAUUUACAAAACAAAAACUCAGCAAUAUUUUGCAUGUGGGUCUUUUCUGUUUCAGCCGAUGUAUGUGGAAUGCCUAUGUUGAUGUGUGAAGAUACUGUGCUGGGUACCAUUUUCAAGAAAGUGAGCUUAUUUAUGGAGGCCUUUUAUGCCCCUUAAUUUUGCCAAUUAGUAGGUACAGGUGAGGAGAAUUUUGCAGUCUUGAAAACCUUUGUCACUUGAAAUACAGCCUUAUCUGUAUUAAACAUGAGCAAUGCCUAGCAGCAUGUAAAAAUGUUGGCUGAAUAAUUCUUUGGCUGAAAAGAUGGCUGAAAUCCAUCUUUCCCAGUUACACUCCCCAAAUUUGGUCUUUUUACCACAAAACGUGAACUUUUCCCCAGAAUGUCAUUUGGUGUCAUUUUGCGAGUUGAACCAUAGCCAUGCGUCUACAUGACUGUAGCCUGCCAUUCCUCUCAGUGAAGAGCAGCUUUCACUCAAAAGAAGUUUAAGGUGGAGAGAAAAGAGCUCCUGCAACCAUUCCUUACAAAAACCAAGAAACCAGUUUGAUUUAGCCCAUGACCUCAUGAACUGGCAGUUGAGAGGCAUUCUUUGUGCCAAGGCUCAUAGCAAGAAUCUAGUCAGCACCGGUACACUUAUUUCUUCUAGGAAUUUUUAGCAAACAUCUCUUCUGCUCUUGCAUCUAAUGCUCAGGAUGCUUAAAAAGACCAAUUUCUGUCACAGGAUAGGGGAAAAGCAGCAAGUUAACAGGAUUAGUGGUUGAUGAGAGGAAAUCCGGAGUUGUUUUGAUGAUUGGGGAAGCAUUAUCCAGACCUAAUGGCUUAGGAAAAGUUUUCUGCAGUUGACUGUGCAAAGGACCAUCAAGAGCUCAAGGUCAAGGGCUUUGGUGAUCUUAGGGGGGGCCUUUCCAGGCCCUGCAGUGUGCCACCGGUGCAAGGUACGUGCUGCACAGAUCUAAGGUCCAGGGAGACCAGGUGGGGAGGACUAGAAACAGGCCAGUAAGUAUAUUUUCUUAAGGAAGUUAAUGCACAAAACUGGGGAGGAAAAAUCUGCCUUCCCCGUUUUUUCUUCCAGUCCCUUCUUCCUGGUCAUCUCCUCCAGUACGGAAGGCAGGGGGAGCCCUGGGGAGAGGCAGAGGUGGUGGAGGACUUGGGUUGGGCCUGGCUGAGCAGUGUGGGAACAAGGGCUCCUGGGCCCUUGCUUGCACCAACCCCCCAACCCACCACCCCCAACCUGGGUUCCUAGAGAGCUACUACAGCCCAUGUAUUUCACACUCCUCUCUAGCACUGGGAACUCAAAAUGCACAUAUGCCUGCUCAGUCAUGCCCAACUCUCUGGGACCCCAUGAACUGGGUCCCUCAAGGCUCCGUCAUGGGAUUUUCCAGUCAGGAAUAUUGGCGCACGUUACCAUCUCUUGUUCUGGGGAUCUUCCUGUCCCAGGGAUUGAACCUGCAUCUCUUGGGUGUCCUGCAUUGGCUGGUUAUCACUGCACUAGCUGGGAAGCCAGAAACUCAAAAUAUAUGGCAUUCAAGUCAACCCCUGCCCCCCAAAAAGUUAACUUUAUGAGUUGUUCCAUCUCCCACUCAAUUGUUGCAGUAAUGACUCUGUAAAACAUUUAAUGACCUAGUAUUUCACAGCAGUUGUUUGAGUCUUAGGUAUAAUUCAGUGUUCUGUUAACUAAUUAUUUUUCAACUUGUAUUUCUACCACUAUUUCCUGAGUCCUUCCUACGUGAGCAGUGUUGUUUCUCAGAACUGCUUUAUGAGCACCAGCCUAUUCUGAGUCCCAUGAUACAAGUGAAGAAACAGGUUGCCAAAGGUUUUACACCUACUCCUAGAGCUCACACACAUUUUCUUCCAUCUUAAGGUUUGGAUAGAGGCAGAGAAUCCAUGGGUGUUUCUCCACAUUUGGUUGACUUAUCUGAACACAGGCGGUGAGAGGAGUAGAAAGAGCAUCCAAAUACAGCAGUGGGGUUCAGCAAGCAUGUGCAAACUUGAGAACCAGUAAGUAGACCAGGGGUCCUUUUCAACAUCUUUAAGGCAGGUGUUUCAAUGCUUGUUCUGUUGGUCUUUGAAGGUGGCCGAGAUAAUCAAGUGAAGUGAUACUGUUGGAAAAGCAACAUUACUGCUGUACUUUGCUCAAACAUGUUUUACUCACUGUGCCUUUAGAACCUAUGCUUCCUUUCCCCACAUUAUUUCAAAACAGGAAACUACCAGUAUGUCUUAAGGUAUGAAGCUCCCUCAGUUUGGAACAGACUUGCUAUAGCAGGGGCUGCCAUUCUUUGACUCUCCACACAGCAAUUCUAACAAUGGUAUUACUGUUCUAGUGAUUUAAUGUAACUAUAUCCCCAUGGUGGUGGUGUAUGGCCUUGGCUGUAUAUAACCAUCCUGGUUGCUUAGGCUACUCAUAGCUCAACUGUACCAAAAUACCUGAGACACAUCAUGUUUUAAAGAUUCCAAGGUAACUUGUGGCCAAGGUUGAGAGCCAGCAUUAUACACCUGACGAAAUCUAACGCUAACUUCACAAGAUUUGUCACCAUGUUCCAUCUACUAAGACCCUCAUGGGACCUAAAAUUAGCUUUUUAUUCCCUGCAAGUAUGAAUGGACAGGGGAGCAUCAUUAAGGAGGCAUUAGGGCUGGGGCCAGGGAGCUACACUUCUGUGAAUGCACUAUUUCUUUGAUGACCUUGGCUGGAGUUAAAAAAAACUAACUUUUGGUGUUUGUUUUUACAGACUACAAACCUGUCAGUUUCUGCCUCUCCAGGUUAUUACUAUUUUCUUCUAGUGAUGUCUAAAGUUUUUUUAUUGUGGUCAAACAAAAGUAAAAGCUUACUCAACCGUCUUUGAGUAUGUAUAAUUCAGCAGCACUAACCUUAUUAACUGUUGUGCAACCAUCAUUGUUUUCAAACUAAGUCUCCAUCCCUCCCAGCCCUUGGUAAUCUGUGCGCGAUGAAUCUGCCUAGAUAGUUCAUACAAAUGUAAGGCCUUUCUGUCACAAAGACAUACAUAACACAUUUUGUUCAUUCACCUGUUAAAACACCGGCAUCAGGGUCUUUUCCAAUGAGUCGGUUCUUUGCAUCAGAUGGCCCAAGUAUUGAGAGCUUCAGCAUCUGUCCCUCUAAUAGAAUGUUCAGGACUGAUGCUGAAGCACCAAUAAGGUACACGGUUCUCAUAUUUCUUCCUAUUCUCACUUGUUUCCAUUUUGGUUACUAGGUACAAAGUGGUAUAUUUCACUGAAUUUUCAUUUUAUUUCCCUCAUGACUAAUAAAUAUUAAUUAAAGCCUCAU